UCACUCCACGUUUUCGACCUGCGGCGGCGGCGGUCGACGGUGCGUACGUCCAUAGAUGUAGUCCUCCUCCGUACAUACGAUCAUCAGGAGCUAAGUCGUUGCGCUCGCACGCAUAUGGUGGACGCGAAGAAGCAAGGAUUUUGCAUUUUCACUUGCCCGACGCGAUCGCCGCAGUCAGUGCGCUACCGACUGUCGAAGCUAGCGGACGCGGAACUUCCUUUCCUGCGCGGUUCAGUAGUACACAGUACACCGGUUCUCCCUGGGAAGGACAGGAAGCAUUCGGAGUGUAGAAGAGUGGUGAUUGUGAGGAUUUUUUUUCUGUUGAAUGAAGUGAUCUGGGUAAAGAAGUUUGAAAAGUGGCAAACAAAUUUGGAGAAAAUUGAACGUGAACAAAAGAUCAAUAGAAGAAUAUUCUGGGAAAUAGUGUAAAAAAAUAUUGUCAAAAGAGAAGAAUACAAAAACGUGAAAUUUCAGCAAAAAACGGAUGUGAAACAAGUUCCAUAAUAGGAAACGAAGAGAAACAAACGAAGAUCUACAAAUAGUGAACGUGAUUGACAGCAAAUCAAACGACAUUGAAUUCGACCAAAAGAAAAAAAAAGUGUUUUGCAAUACGAAAAAAAAUAAAAAAAACACCGCAUCACAGAAGAAAGUAUCCAAAUACCUGCCAACAGUGUGCACACAAUCUCGAGAAGAUCAAAUUCGGAACAAACGAAACCGCCACCGCAGUGCUUUUUGAAGUGAUUGUCCUCCUUCUGUACUCGAAGCAACAGCAAGCAACGUAUAGUGAACCGCAUCAUCACCACCGACACCAGACAAUAAAGAUUAAUCGUCGACGAUUGGAUUAUUCAAGUACUACCUACAAGACGACACACAAAUAAAACGAGGAUCACUGGUUUACCUUUUCGUUGUUCGUCGCUCGUUUUUCGGGAUUUGUUUGAAAAGGUUUCAACAACAGGAUUCAGCCGAAGCAAUGUCCUUAGACCAAGAACAACCAUCAACGUCAACGUCGUCGUCUCCAUCAUCAUCAGCAUCGAAAUCGAUAGUGCUGCUGCUGCCUUCCCCGUGCAAUGCAUCCCAUAAAGCGUUUAUUUAGGUGACAGGUCAACCGGGGAAACAGCGCAACGGUGCCCAAGUGUGAAACAAAUGUCGAACCACGCGUACUGCUAAUGGAAGAGUGCAAUUGAUUCCCAGAGUCAGAUUAGUGAGUGAGUGAGUGAGGGUGCUGCAAGAAUAUUGUGUUCCGAGCAGAAACGGGAGUGUGAUCAGUGCAAUAUCGGGUGAAAAUGGCACCCAACAGCGUGUUAUUCCCUCAGCUGCCAGCGAUCUCGCUGAUCGCGUUGCUCUGGCUACUGACGAUAGUGGUGAACGAACAGUUUGAACCGGUUGCAGCGUACAAGAUACUGGGCGAUCCGGAUAUGAUACGAAUAAAUCUCGGAACGAAGAAACUCGUCAAGGAAACGGUGCCGCUGAACUCGAAGCUGCAAAUCAAGUGCAACUUUGAGGCACCACUGUGGUACAAAAAUGGCGAACCAACGACGAGCGAUGCGAAACGAGGAAAAUCACUCAAAUUCUAUCCGGUCAAGAAGACCGACGCCGGUUACUACUCCUGUGGUUCCGAAUACGGCGAAUGGUCCAACCUAACCCUGUCCGUGAUCAGCCAGCACGAAGCGUCCGACCACUACCAAAACGAUUCCCCCGGAAGUGGCCUCGGUCCUGCGAGCCCGCCUCGCACACGGGUAGCCAAUCUGGAGAAGAAGAGUCUGUUGCCACUACUGCCCAAACCAUCGCCGAGUCCGGCGCCGCUGGAUUUGGUGGAGAACGAUCUUCUCGAUAGUUCGUUUAAGGUGACGAGUCAAGGUGGAAGUACGGUUACGAUAACCAAGAAGGUUGACGAAAACUACAAGGUGCGAUGUAAUGGUACGGUCGAGCCGAGUUCGCAGAUCAGUUGGAUCAAGGACGGUGAAGUGGUGCCAACCACCAAGAGUCGGCCAACUCUAGCACUGCACACGUUGAUGCCGGAGGAUGCUGGGGUUUACGUUUGCCGAGUGUGCAACGCACAGGGGUGCAUCAAUUCUACGACGAUCUUGGAAGUGAUCGACGAUCCUGAGGAUUCGGACCGCUACAACGAUAUGGAGGUGCAUUCGCAAGUGUCGGACAAUGAAGAUCCGGACGAUCCGGACUACGUUGACGAUGAGCAGGAUGACUACGAGGACGCGGAAGAAGAUGAGGAAGUUGAUGAAGAGAUCAUCAACGCAGGUUUGCAGCCGGGUAGUGCGGAUGGCGAGUUUACCGAAAGCCAGUCUGCACCACCCAGACCGAAUGGGCAACUUCCUCCGGGACCGCCCGUCUUCACCAAGGAAGAGCACAUGGUGAAGCUGAUGCCGAAGCCUUCCGGGAAUAUGGUGCGACUACGCUGUCCAGCGGAUGGCAACCCGGUUCCGAACAUUACCUGGACAAAGGACAACGAAAAGAUCGUCCGCAGCAUGGGUUCGGUCAAGUACGCCAAGUGGUCGAUCGUGCUGGAAGAUUUGGUUCCUAAGGAUUCCGGAAAGUAUACGUGCCACGUGUGCAACGGCCAUGGCUGCAUCAACUUCACCACCAAACUGGAAGUGAAAGAUCGCUUCCCAGCACGGCCGUACAUCAAGGAAGGGUUUAUGCACAACAUCACCGUACUGGUGAACUCUACCGCGACUCUGGAGUGUCGUACGAUAUCGGACCUUGAGCCGCACAUUGAGUGGAUCAAGUUUCACAUCGUUGACAGCACCAAUCCGAACAUUCCCGAGAAUAUUACGAAACUAGAGCGUGACGCGGACAACCCGGAGGUACUAACUCUUGAAAAUGUGACCUACGCCGACGAAGGAUGGUACACCUGCGUGGCGGCCAAUACGCUAGGGGCGUCUUACGAAAGCGCAUACCUGCGAGUGGUUGACGAAUUUUUGGUGGAUCCUCCGAUAGUUCAUCCGGUGCGGCAACACUCCACGCUGAUAACGAUCAUGACAACGGUUCUGUCCAGUUGUUUCAUGAUCCUGGCGGUCAUUGUGAUCAUCGUUUGCAAGAAGCUGAAGCGCGAGAAGAUGAAACACCGAGCCAUGGAGCACGUCAACCAGUGGACGAAGAAGGUCAUCGUGCUGAAGCAGCCGGUUAUAGAGAACAGCAUCCCGGGGGUUACCGAGUCCAUGCAAAUGCCAAUCGUCCGGAUCGAGAAACAACGAUCAACCCUGGUGCAAAGCGGGAACUGUGACCCGACCAUGAUCUCCGAGUACGAGUUCCCGAUCGACCUGAACUGGGAGUUCCCACGGAACAAGCUGGUUCUUGGGAAAAGUCUUGGCGAAGGUGCCUUCGGAAAAGUAGUUAUGGCCGAGGCGAAUGGCUUGGUGAAAGGGCAAGCCUCUACGGUUGUCGCCGUUAAGAUGCUGAAAGAGGGCCACACCGACGCCGACGUGAAGGACCUGGUCUGCGAGAUGGAAGUCAUGAAGAUGAUCGGCAAACACGUCAACAUUAUCAACCUGCUCGGGUGCUGCUGCAAAGACGGUCCACUGUACGUGAUCGUAGAGUACGCCCCACACGGCAACCUCAAAGACUUCCUGCGGAGUCAUCGCUUCGGGACGAGCAACUACGAGGACAUGGUCAUCGGCGAGAAGGAGAAGAAGAUCCUCACCCAGAAGGAGCUGAUCUCGUUUGCGUAUCAGAUCGCACGCGGUAUGGAGCACCUGGCGUCGAGGAGGUGUAUUCACCGGGACUUGGCGGCACGUAACGUGCUGGUUAGCGACGGCUACGUGAUGAAGAUUGCCGAUUUCGGAUUGGCACGAGACAUCCACAGCCAAGAGUACUACCGAAAGACGACAACUGGCAAACUGCCCAUCCGAUGGAUGGCGCCAGAGUCGCUGGAGGAGAAGUUCUACGAUUCCCAGAGCGAUGUGUGGUCCUUUGGAGUGCUGCUUUGGGAAAUCAUGACGUUAGGUGGCAAUCCCUACUCUUCGAUCCCAACUUGGGAUAAUCUCCUGGAGCACCUUAAGAAGGGCAAACGACUGGAGCAACCACCUCUAUGCUCCAUAGACAUAUACCUAUUCAUGCGCGAGUGCUGGCACUACCGGCCCGAGGAACGGCCCACCUUCAGCGAGAUCGUGCAACACCUGGACCGGCUGGUGAGCAUAACCUCCAACGAGGAGUAUCUGGAUCUCGGGCUGCCCCUGCUGGAAACGCCACCGUCCAGCGAUGACGAGUCGGAUGACAACGACGACAACGACCACGAUGGUUGCGAACGGGUGCGGAUGUAUCCCUUCAACCACCACCAUCUCCACAGUCACACCACCGAAAGUACCUUUUGACCUGGUUAAAAGUUAAACGAUUAAAAGGCAGCGCAUGUUUAAGAUCCGCGCAGAAUGCAUACGUUUGCGGUGCAUUAACAUCAGUUUGGCCAAAUAACUAAUGAAAGCCGUUAGGUUAAUGCAAACGCAGCCGCAAAGUACCAAUUCUGCGUCAGAAUUAGGGAAAAUGACCGAAAACCUAAGGUUUUAUGGACCAACUUCUCUUCGAAAGUAUUCGUUAUACUGCAAUUGAAUGUGAAUCCCAUAUUUUACAAAAAUCAAUAGAACUAUUCUUUUUUCUCUACAGUCAAACAAGAUCUGUUUCUAGAGCAAGAUUAUAAAAAUUAGGGUAAAACAGAUGUUUUGUUCUUUCAAUUUAGUGAAAAAGUAGUGUAUGUAAUUCACAUUGAAUUCCAGUAUAUAAAAUAAUCGAAUUUUAUUUGGUCAUCCAGGAAAAUUGUUUAUAGCAUUCAUUUUUUCCAAGCCAGUGAAACAAGUCAGACGUCCUCAAGGCUCUGUGAGCAGUAGUUAUUAGGAAAUUGUAAAAAUAUGAUCGAAUUUAUCGUUAGAACAAGUGCAUCGAGAGUGAGUCCGUGUCUAUUGUUUAAGUUUUUGUUAAGAUCGAAGAAGGAAAAAAAAAAACAAAUAAGACUGUAUUUAUUAAAGUUAUAUGAAAAUCGAUAGUCCCCUCUCUCAACCUGUAACAAGCAACACUAACCAAAAAGCGAUAGUACAUCGCAGAGCACCAACUUCAUCGACGACGGGGAGAGGGUAGUCAAACUAGUCAGGAGAUCCCAGUAUCCAUGACGUGAAGGUUCAACGACCGCCAUACGAAAUCGUGUCCAUAUUCUGCAAUCAUGCCCCUAUAAUGUGUACAUAGAUAUCGACAAUGUUUUCUAUUAAUUUUAAAUGGAGUCCACCCCAAGUAGCCUGUAAGAUGUAAUUACUGCUAAUCAAGACCAAAGUGUACCGCAUCGAAUAGAUUUAAAGCUGAGUGUCAACGUAGCAGAAAAGAGCACAAUACUCACCAAACUCCAGAAACCCUUCAGGGUUUCGAAUCCCAAUUCAGAUCUGAUUGUAGAUUUAACGAACCGUUCUAUGUAGCUUGUAAACCACCCUCAUGAGGAACAUGAUAGAUGCAAUAUUAAGUGUAAUGAACGUGAAGAUUAACAGCACUUUUCAUUUGAGUGUGAGAGGAAAUUUUAAGCACUACCCACGUGAGGAUGAAAUGCGUCGAAUUAGAUAAGCACUGUAAAGAAACGAAUCAAGAAGCAUACAUGACUUUAUCACAAAACACAACAUUAUCAUCAUCACCACGAAAACAUCAUCGCAAAUUUAAAUGAACAAACAGUAAUUAUAGAUGUUAAUGGUUAAAUGUAUAGAUGCAAUAAAACAGUACAAAUUAAAGGAAA